UCAGUUCCAAAAUCUAAAAAAGAUUUUACUAAUAAAUCAACUAUAUUGGUGGUACUACUGUUCCUCUUUAAAUGAACAUACAGUUCCAUUUAGAUCGUACCGGUAUGUGCGUGAUCGUUAAACAAGAUUUCCGCAAUUAUCGAGGUGUUGCAUCCCUAGCCUGCUCGGAAGUUUUGGAGAGAACCUCGAUAAUGGCAGCUGGAAAGCUUUUUUCAGCCUACGUAGAUAUGAAAUAUCCAGUGUAUUUCAACUGAUUUUAGGAUUGCUCCCAAACUGAUGAGAUUUAGACCUAAUUUGACGCUGUUCAAAACCGUUUGACAGUUGAUGGAACACGAGUGUGGUUGCGAGUAUUUUCGCUGAAUUGGAUUUAAUUUCGUUGAUCCAAUUCUUGUAGACCACGGAUGUAUAUGAUGAAUGAACCCAAGAGGCUUAAAAUCCCAAAUAAACGUCAAAAAAAAACAAACCACGGAUACAAGUGCUCUUUAUAUAAUUAAUUCUACUUUUUUCCUCAACUGCCAGUUGGAAGCAACAGGUUUUAACUGUGACAUUCCGAUACUCGGCGUUUGAAUUUGUUCCGCUCACUCACCGGAAGCAUGACCAACAACCGUUGUCAUAACGGCGGUAUGGAGUUUGUUUAUCCGGACCAAACACUUUCACCGUUAUCGAUUUUACUGGCUGCAGAAAACGCGUAUACUUCACAUUCUUUUCAGUUGGAGCCAUCCUAAGAAGAGCGAAAUUGGAGCCGAAAGAUGUCGAACCGAACGUUCAAACGGCUGUGGACCGCUUCCCAGAAGGAUCUGGAGAAGCUGGCCGUUAACGAUUUCGAGUAUCAAGCCAUCGAAGCGCAGCACGACCGCUCCGAAAUCCAGGGCCAGGUGUACGAGCUGUACCUACGAUACAUAGUGAUUUCCAAUCGGCUUGAGGAAAUCUACGACCAAAUGGUGCAACCGCAGAAGCGAAUUCUGAUCCGGAAGCUGUUGGACAAUGUCCUGGGAAGAGUGCUAGAGUUGAAGCACGAUCUGGUGAUAAUUGAUAUUUCGGAGUUCAGUUACAAUGAUGCGGUGGUUGAGAAGCUUGGGUUGACCCCAUUGGCGAUGGAAAUCAAUGUGCCAAAAUAUUUUCGAAGAGAGAAGGAAGAAAUGCUCAAUGAGAGAAGGAAAUUCAUGGAUGAUAUCCUGAGACGGAUCGGGGCUUUGGAUGAGGAAGUGAUCGAAGAAGAAUUGUCAGAAUUGGAUGCCAUCAAGAUAAUUCAAACGCACGAACGUGCUAGACAGGGAAGAUUGCGCGCUCAGUUCAUGAAAGAGCUUAAACUGCUGAAAGAGAAAGGAAAACCGGACAGCAGUCGCGAUAAGUCGGCGACUGGCUUGAAUGCUGCGAUGAAAAUUCAAAAAGUUUGGCGUGGUUACGCUACACGCAGGCAAACCAGGCGUCGCAAAAUGGAAGAAAUGAUCCUGAUCGGAAUGAUACCCCCUCAGGUCACAACGACCCGAACGGCCGUUGAUGAAUUGGAAGAUGCCAAAGCCAUUCGCUACAAACAACAAAGACAAUUCCAGGAAGAAUACGAAAAUGCAUUGGUCCGUGUAAAGGACGAGAUUUACUCGAAGCAGGGAGCGGCAAUGAAGGAGGACAUUGCUGACGAGAUUCGUACCUGGUUCAAGGAGUACCAGAAGCGUACGGGUCGUUUGCCGGAUUUCCCUUCUGAGGAAGCCGGUGGAUCUCGGCAUUUGUUGAGCCGCCAGGCUACGGAGAGUGAGAUGAGUCGUUCCUCGGUGAUGUCCUCCCGCGAGAGUAAACUCAAGUCUUCUAAGGACUCGAAGCUUCAGCAGAAGCGGCCUGGGGAGGUUUCGCUCGAGGAAGGAUUAGAUAAGGCAUUCAAACCGGUGCAAUCAGCAUUUCUUCCGGAAAUAAAGAAUGGCAUCGACGAGUACAACGAUAUCUGGAAGGGGAAAGAUGAAUCGCAAAAUUUGCGACAGACGUUCUACGACGACAUGAUCUAUGAGGAAAAAUUUACGGACGUAGAAACUGAGCUGCGAAGAAUUGUGGACGAUAUAAUGAGGCAGGAAUUGGAUAUGCUGCAAAUUGCGUUGGAUAGAGAUCGAGCCCAGAAAGGAAAGAAAUCCAAGAAGGGCAGUAAAAAGGCUCGCCGCAGUGGUAAAAAAGGCAAAAAGAAGCGCGAGAAGGAUUUAACGCCUGAUCGCACUACUGAGUCCCUGUUUGAGGAGCUGUUGACGAAUGGUAUCAUUAAAAAGUUCCCGGAAUCACCUAUUGAUUCGUAUGUUGGAGAUAUGAGCUACAUUGCUCGAAGUUCUUUGAAUCCGACACCGGGUGACGUUCGUCAUAUCAUCAAACAGUACUGCAUCCUUCCGAUGGGUUCUGAAACAAUCCGCAAUUUUGGACCGUGCAUUAAAUCCCUGCUGCUGGCUGGUCCAAAGGGUUCCGGAAAAACUUCUCUAGUCCACGCAAUCUGCACCGAAACCGGCUCAGUGUUGUUCGAUAUAAGUCCGGCAAACAUAGCCGGAAAAUACCCAGGCAAAUCUGGACUUAUCAUGUUGAUGCAUCUGGUAUCGAAAGUAUCGCGUCUGUUGCAACCGUCGGUAAUUUAUUUUGGCGAUGCAGAAAAACCUUUCAUGAAGAAAGUCCCCAAAACGGAUCGAACCGAUCCGAAACGUCUGAAGAAAGACUUGCCCAAGCUGGUCAAAAACAUCAACCCCGAAGAUCGAAUCAUGCUGAUUGGAACAUCCAACUGUCCGUGGGAGGGCGACAUGAAGCUUAUGAGCCAAACCUAUCAGCGGUUCGUUUACAUCCCGAGGCCGGAUUACGGUGCGCUUUCGUACGCCUGGAAAGAACUGCUCAGCCACUACAGUGGAGUUCAGAGACAGUUCGAUACAGGAGCUAUGGCGAAGAUCUCGGAUGGUUACACGAUCGGUUCCGUGGUUCGGUGCAUCCGGGAGGUUAUCACUUGCAAACGAAUGCUGCAGCUACGCACGAAACCUUUGACACAUUUGGAGUUGAUCAAUGCCUUGAGCGCCCUGGAACCGGUUUACAAGGAGGAAGAGGAAGCUUUCAUGUACUGGUGGUACAAAACUCCCCUCGGAAGACGCCGCUCGAAGCAGAUGGAAAUGGAUGAAGCCCGGAUGGACAUUGAGAAUGUCACCAAAAAGAAGAAAUAGCUUUAGGGAAAAACCGUUUGCACCGCGUGUCGUUUGAGAAAUAAACGUUUUUCUGGUUUUGGAACGAAUUAAAAAAAAAAAAUUAGUCUUAUUUAGUUGUUUGUAUGAUUUCGUUUGUACCCAAGUUAAUU